ACGGUCUCACAGCACAAACUAAGAUUAGGAGCCUUUACAUUUCUGCUUUGGACAUCCCCGCCGCAAAUGUGAUGCAGUCGCUUGCACAAGAAAUAAAAUCCUUCUCCAAAACUAAUUUGCGGAAACAAUGCACCAGAGUAACGACUUUGAGCGGCAGGCGGAUUAUUGAGACAUGGAGAGGUUCCACUGUACAGGUGGUUGAGGAAACAGUACAGCCUGAAACUGCAUGUGGAUAUGUUCAGGAUAAUAACUGGGAUCUUCAGGUUGGAUAUAUUAAACCAUAUCUGUUGCUUGGGUCACAAGAUGCCGCUCAUGACUUUGGUACAUUGAGGAAAUAUAAGGUCACACAUAUAUUAAAUGUUGCGUAUGGUGUGGAAAAUGCCUUUCCUGACCUGUUCAUCUAUAAAACACUGAGCAUACUGGAUCUACCUGACACUGAUAUCAUAUCAUAUAUCAAGGAGUGUGCACAGUUUAUAGACCAGGCUAAAGAUGAGAAAGGAGUUGUACUUGUCCACUGCAAUUCGGGAGUUUCGCGUUCUGUCUCAGUUGUCAUUGGAUAUCUGAUGUUGAAGGAAAAUCAGGCAUUUGGUGACACGUUUGCACUGGUGAAAUCAGCUCGACCAGCCUCGUGUCCAAAUCCAGGUUUCAUGGAACAGCUGAAAAACUUCAGACCACAAGACGCUACACAAGCAAACGGUUUGGGUCAUGACUGAACAUUAUUCUAUGGCUGCAUCCACUCAAUGUUAAAGAGAUAAUUCACCACAUAAUUAAAAUUCUGUCUUCGUUUUCUCAUCCUCACAUCAAACUUUCUUUAUAUUAGGUGUCUUUAACUACUAUGUACUAACAUUUAAAUUAAUCAUUUGAUACAAUGCACUUAUUUAGUACAUACAUGUUUUCACAUUGUAUUUGUAUUUUAAAGUGGUUCUUGAUUAUGACUUCACUUUUUCAACUUUGUUGCUGUUUGAGCAUAAACAACAUCUGCAAAAUUACUGCUCAAAGUUCAAUGCAAAGGGAGAUAUUUUCUUUUACAGAAAUCGCUUUUUAAGGACUACAACAAAUAGCUGCUGGGGACCACAACAAGCGUCUUUACAUAAACCCUGCCCCCGAGAACACGCAACAAAGGGGGUGAGGCCAUGUUGGGCUGCUUUAGAGAAGAGGAAGAGUUGUUGUAGUAGAAUGUUGAUACCAUGCCAUCAUUUUAUGCCAGACUGCUUCACAAACGAGGGUCAAUUCAACGCUGAAUUCACACAAAAGAUUAACAUGACGGCACAUGCUAGUCGAUGAGUUGAAUCAACUCCACAGCAUCUACAUAAAUUUAUCCACUAACCAUUCAGAAAUGUCCAGUUUCAUUCUAAAAGUUGUAACUUCUUCCUGAGCCUCUCCAUCAGUGUCCGACUCCGGUUUGAGCAAUGUAAGGCUAAACACCGUUACUGACAAUUGUCAUUUUGGCUGCGUGAGAUUCUCCAGCUUUGUUGUUGUUGAGCAACAGAUGCGUGAGCUGUUAAAGCUCCGCCCUCUUCUGGAAAGUGUCAGGGAGCAGUAGCUCAUUUGCAUUUUAUAGGGACACACACAAAAAUGGUGUGUUUUUGCUCACACCCAAAUAGGGGCAAAUUUGACAAGCUAUAAUAAAUUAUCUGUGGGGUAUUUUGAGCUGCAACUUCACAAACACAUUCUGGAGACACCAGAGACUUAUAUUACAUCUUGUGAAAAGGGGCCUAAUAGGUCCCCUUUAAAAAUACAUGCAUGUAAUUACAUCUGUAAUUAAUUUAUGUAAUUACAUCUGUAAUUGCACUGUUGACGCUUCCUCUACCUCUUAACCCACCCUUAAACCUACCCAUACCACCAAACCUGUCCCUAACCUUACCCGUGUCCCACCUCAGUAGCAGCAAAAGUGUUUUGGAAUAUAACAUCAACACAAUAAGUAAACCGGACUUAUUUGUUGACGUAAGCACAUAGUAGUUGAAGACACCUAAUAUAAAAUGUGACUUAUUUCUUUCUUCUGUAUAACACAAAUGGUGAUAUUUAUAGAGCAUGUAUAACCUGCUAUUUUCCUUAAAGUGAAUAGUUUGGUAAAUAACUCAAAUUUCAGUCUGUUCCUCACCCAAAGCUUAGAAUAGCACAUGAGUUGUAUGCACUACUUUUUAUGGAGUUUUUUUUUUGUUUUGUCUUUUUGGAUUUGAACAGUCUUUCACAAAAAAAGAAAUAUAUGAUAUGAGGGUGAGUAAAUAUUGACAGAAUAUAAAUUUUUGGCGAACUUCUCUUUUAAAGCCACCAGUGCUUCCAUUGCAGUCUCAUAUAUGGCUUUGAUUUAGCACUUUGGAAUUGUUUUAUAGGUGCUAAACCUGCAAAAAAGGGAACAUUCUCAGAACUUCCCUAAAGUUCUGGCAAGGUUCUCUCAAAGUUAUGAACAAACGUUCUUCCAGUAACAUUAAUACAACAUCUGUUCAAAGUUAUCUGGUCUUUAAUAAUGUUCUCAAAAUGUUAGCACAAAAACAUUUUUUACAUUGUUCAUGGAACGUUUUUUUUUCUUUUCUCUCUGAAAUGUUAGUUGGAUAUUCAUCUAACAUUUUUACUUCUUUCAGAAUGUUCAUAGAACUUUCAAAAGUAACACCCAUAAUGUUUGCAAAAUGGAAUGUUCCUUUAAUGUUUGCAUAAGAUUUUUUUUUUUAAUAUUUAAAAAAACAUGGCAUUUCGAAUGUUCAGAGAACAUUCAAAAUAACAUUGUCAUAACUUUAUGGGAACAUUAGCAAAACGUUCUUAGAACAUUUUAUUGUUAGCUGGGAAUAUGACAAAAAAGACAAGUGAGAGCAGCCACAGGCAUUACAAUACACUGAAAAAAAUAUAUAUAAAUAAACAAAAAAUGUCCUGGUAAUUUUCCAUCAGGACAUUAUCUAUUUCUGUUAACCCUAAAACACAAUUCAAUGCAGUACAAUACAUAAUUCAAAAUACAGGUAAAACACCUGUAAAAAAUCAAUAUGGAAAAUUACUUCAUAUUAAUACAGUACAUUGUGUCCUAUGUUUACGGACAUUGCAGCAUUGGGAAAAACUUGCUUACUUUUAGUUAAUGAGUUGCAGUUUGAAUUAGCUCUACAGGAUGUUGAAUUGGAAUUUGAAUCAAAAUGACAGGAAGAGGAAUUUACUGAAUUGCAGUACUAAGAAAUUCACUACAGUCACAGAAGAGAUUGCAUUAGUUCCCAUUCCCAAUAUACCAUAUUAUUUGUAAUUCCAUAAAUUCUAUUACAGACUACAUUUCAAUUUCAAGAAUUUAAAGGCCAUUCUAUGGGGUAUACAUUUCUUAUCAUAAUAAAUUAGCAUACUCUAACAGUGUAUCCUUUAAGAUGCAGUUAUCAUUCUGUUCCGCUAAAUUAAUCAGGCGUUUAGAAUCUUCUUUCCUGAUAGUGACAUCUUGUGGUCACAGCUCACAAUUAACUUUUUGAUAUUUUUGGUAAAAUUAUUAGAUCCGUUUCAGUCUCUUAUACUCAGUAACUUGGCCUUUGAAUGUAACACUAGGUCAUUUUGUCCUCAUUUAACUUCCUUGGUUAGUGCCUGGGAUGUUAAGCUAUAUUUGUGCAAUAAAGUAACUUAAAUAUCAACCAAAAGAGAGGGACUAGUUGAAGAAGUAUUCCUGGUACAUCAAAUCUUAGUUCAUUUUCUUUUGUAAUUUUGUAAUUUUCAUUAUAUAUUUUGAUGUUUUUGUUCAUAAGUUGCAUAGUAAUAUAGUGUUUUUUUUUUUUUUUUUUUUGUUUUUUUAACCUUUAAAUACUUGUUUAAACCUGUUUUUCACUGUUGUGAUUUUCUGAACGUAGCAAGUUUUGUCAUCAAAUUGUGAGGACAUUGUUUUUUCUUUUUUGGAUUUUGUGGUCUAGACCGAGCCUGUUUUUGAUGUUAAAGUAUGAAUGUGUGGAAUGGAUUAUAUUGAAUAAAAUGUGUAUAUAACGAUACUUUACAUGCCUGUGUAUUUUUUUAUACACUAUGUGUUUAACAGUGCUUUUAACUAAAAUUAAAUUCCAGUCAAAUUUAAUGUAUUCAGUCUAUAAACUACACUGGCACCAUAAACAACAUAAUCCCACCUUAUUUUCCAUGUCAUAGUCAAUACUGAGAUAAUUAUGUUAACAAUAUUGAAUGGAAAAAUGUUUGGAAUUGCUUAUUAACUUAUCAAAGGUAAGUGUUAGAUUAUUGCAUACAAUUUUUCCCAGAAAAAAAAAUAAAUAUUUUUUUUUUUUAAAUGUUUAAAAUAGAUAAAGAGACAAACUUGCUUCACAUGAAUCUGCUCCUGCUCAAUAUAUUGUUUGGGACUGUAUAUGUAUAAAACGUCUCCACUCAGAAUAGGCGGGGUUGUAGCGCCCUCUGUGUUAGUGAUAGUAAUACACCUUGGCAG